AUGGCUAGUGGUGGUCGAGAACAAGUGGAAAGGCUGUGCAUUGUUGUGGCAGGUUGGCAGCUGCCACUAGCUGCCACUGUACAAAGGAGGACACCUCCUUUAGCGAGAAAUAUGAUUGAAAUAACCCUGAGCACUCUCGCUCGGUCUCGUGGAAAAAUAUUGGUUCCCGCUCCUGUCAGGGCUGGGCCUUGGGGAUUCGAGCUGCUCCGACCUGCCUCACUGAGCUCCCCUGCGACACCCCGCUCGACACAAGGGCUCUUUCAAAGAGGGCUACCUGGCUUCCUGCUCAAGGAGGCUGCUGGUCUGACAACACCGACCAUGUUCGAGCCCUUGAACACAAUGCAGGUGGUUACGACGACCUCACCCCCGCCAAAUGCCAAUCUCUGUGCGAGUCUCAAGGAUUCAACCUCGCCGGUGUCGAAUAUGGCCGCGAGUGCUGUAAGUGUUUCAUAUUUCUUCAUAGACUACAUAAUCACAUGGGACCGGACAGACUGCGGUAAUACCGUCUUUGGCAACAAUCGUCCAGCGUCUGCUUCACUUUGCAGCAUGGCUUGCUCUGGUGACUCUUCUCAACAAUGUGGAGGACCCGAUGCAAUCUUUGUCUAUGUGAAGGAUGCCUAUCCAUUCACCGUUGGCCCCGCUAGCGCUGUCGAAAGCUAUAACGGUUAUGAAAAGACUCAAUGCUGGCA